AGCCCACAGCCCAUUCCCCUUGCAUACAGCAUACGCAUCCUUACCCUUCGCAUUCCGUGGUUCACAUGCUCGGAGAAAUUGCAAGCCAUACCUCACUCCUGGACCUGCGGCGCCGGUGCUGGCCACGAGACGUCUAAACCAAUCAGCGAAAGCACGACGGACGAUUCGCUCGGCAUCCAGGCAGUGCACAUGAGGCGCCAACAAUGUCAGGAUCAUCGCAGCCGGACCAUGAACGCGACCUCCAAGCUCUCCUUCAGUGGAUCAAGCGCAAUACCGUCGAGUCUCAUGAUGUGACCACAGGCGCUGUCCAGCCUGGGGGAGAGUUCAUACCUGCAGCCGCCGUCGAGGAAUACCUGAGCGACGGAGGCACUUACGGCCGAACGAAGAGCAUCCUCCGUAAUGUCUUCUUCGGCAACCCAACCAAGAUUGAGAAGACGGUGGCUGAAAAAUGCCCUCGCAUCCUUUGCAUCCUGGCUGAGUUGGGUAGCGCCAACCUCAUUUCUGAGUUCGUUCGAUAUCCCAACUUGCACGAUAGGCGACUGCCAUUCGACUCGCCUCGAGUGGCUCCCAAAAAUUUCCCUGUAUCGACCAAGGACCCGGACUUCUAUGAAGCUUUCUACAAGAAGCAAUGGAAGUACUUUGCCCCUGAGCUGUAUCCCGAAAUCCAGGCAGAAUUGCUCGACGAAUACGUGCUCCCGUUCGAAAGGCUGGAGCUCAAAGGAAAAGGCCAUGACGCGUGGGUGUAUCGAGCAACUGUCCACAAGAUGCACGAUAAGCUUACCCAAGGCUCUGGCUCAGCUACGAGAUAUACCCGUGAAGUGUUGGCAUUUGAGCAUGUUACGAAUUCCGGUAAUCGGGAUAUGGUCGGGCUUAUUGCUUGCCACAGCAGCUUCAAGUAUCGAGACACUUUCAACAUAAUCCUGGAGUAUGCAGAUCACGGCAGUCUACAGGACUUCUUCGAUGAAUUUUCAUCACCGACCUCUGGGGAGAUGAUGAUCGACUUCUGGGAAAGCAUGUUCGAUACUGCCAGAGCAAUGUACAGCAUCCACGAGCACUUCCUUGGCACAGACUCGAAUGGUAACCGUACGGAUGUUCAAGGAUUCAAGCAUGUGAUGGAAGGUGAACCAGAAGCCUCCGUAAAAGCUGCAUUUGGAACUCGAACCUACGGUGCACCGGAGUGCUAUGCAAUCUCCGAGCACACAAUGCACGCGAGAAACGACGUCAAGCGGAGCACAGAUGUAUGGUCCCUCGGCUGCAUUUACAGUGAAGCUGUGGUAUGGGCUGUGAAAGGUCCAAAGCAGCUAUCACAAUACAGACGGGAACGAGGACUGGAAAACUCGUACCUUAAGACUGACUUCCGAGACGGUGCUUGCUUUCACGACGGUCAGAGAGUGCUGAAAGCUGUUGGCAUUCAGCACGAUGAUCUUCGGCGGCAUUUCAUGGAUCGCGACUUUAUCACUGGCAAGGUUAUUGACAACUUGAUCAUAGAGAUGCUUGAUCAUCGCGCUGCUCGACGCCCGUCGGCAGAUCAGCUUGUUGGAAAAGCUGAGAAGCAGAUUGCACUUGCAAGGAUAAGCGGCGGAUCAACAUAUACCGACCACCACACAGUCCUGAACGAGGCCGGUAGAGUAUUUCAAAGUCCAGAUCAUUCACGGGCGAACACUGUCUAUCCGUAUCCUAAUGGUCUUGAUAUCGGGCCUAUGCUCCCAAGUAUUGCAGAUCUACAGGAAGUCGGGAAGGGACCAAGUCAUGGGCUCAAUAGUCAAACACUCCCCGUCAUCGCUGGACCUUCUACACAUCAUCCGCCACAACCGCCGCCUCCUCGACCACCACCUUUGAUCACCCCGGCAAAUCUUGCUCUCAAACAUGGCAGAGCCGUCGAAGCUAUAUUAGAAGAGGUCGGACAAGUCUUAACUAAACUUUCGACGACUACCUUCGCCGGUACCGCCGAAGUAUCGAGAGGAGCAUCCUAG